AUGAGUGAUCCUGGUUGUGAUAGUUUUGACCUUUACGAGGGACUUGACGAGUUUGCGGAGAUUUUGCCGGUAGAAGUUCCCUCAGAGGACCCCGUUGCGGAAAACGUAAAACAAGACAAAACUGACGAAGUUAAUGUGAUUAUUGACGAUGAAGAUGAUGGAUUCACAUUUAUACUCGAAGGGGACGACGUUGAACCCAAGCCAAAGGUGACCAAGAAGUACUCGAAACCGUCUCUUUACAAGAAGAAAGGUGAGUUGUAUGUGUACAUCACAGCAGAGACGUUUGUCACGCGCAGAAUGUGGGCUUAG